AUGUAUAUUAAGGACAAUGACGCUGUAGAACGUGGAAAAUUAAAUCGAUCUGAUCUAGGGUAUUUAAGGACAGAAAGGCCACCAUUCGAAGAGCAGAAUGCAUUCCAAAGAGCUGGAUGGGAAACAGACGACGACGGAAACGUGUUCGUUGGCAACGAUAAUUGCAAACUUCUGCUCAUCUCUGUCGGAGACUAUUGGCCGUACCCUAAGGACUACCGUAAGAAGUAG